GGCAGCCGCGACCACUUGGCGCUUAGCACGGGACACGCCGGGACUCACGGCUCAGGCACGGCAGGCACGCAGCGGGACAGCAGGAGAGCAGCAGGACCAUCAGGACCAGCAGCAGGGCCAGCAGGACCUGCACGAGCCGCACGGAGGACACCCGACCGACGGACUGCGAGGCCUUCGGGAGCUCUACCAGCAGCUGCUGGAGGCGGGCGCGGCGGCCGGCCCCGGGGAGGGCUCCGCCGGCUACGCUCAGGGCUACGACCAGGGCCCCGCGCCCGUCGGCCUGCUCAGCCUGCUCGGCGGCGGCGCGGGCGCCGGGGCGGGCGCGGGCCUGCCCCUCGCCAACCACCAGCUCGUCCGCAAGUCCAACCGCACGCCGUCGCUGCGCCUGCGCUACGGACGACGCUCUGACCCCGCGAUGAAGAGCUCCUGCUUCGACGGGCCCGUAGAUGAGAGCUAGAGGAGCUUUGUAGAAGAGGCUGCCUCGGCGCGCGGCGGGGCGCGUGGCGCGGCGCAGCACGACAGCGCACCGCACCACGGCACCACCGGGGCCCCUAACAUCCCCUUUUCUUUUUUAGUUUUCGUCCUCCGCUAACACUGGCCGCUUUAGCCUGUAGCGAUCGUCGGCGCCCAUCCUACACAUAAAUUACCGCACCCCUCUCUCCGCAGAACGGUUCCAGGAGGGGCUCGACAAUCUUCUUACUCCUCUCUGUGACUCCCUCUCUAUCUCUACCCUCUAGCGCUCCUUUUCGUGAGCGAAAUUACUUGAAAUGUACUUUUAAAGCUCGGCCCCCCGGGCUCCGCUAAAACAUACCAUCGAGUGAAAAAAAAGCAAAAAGUUUAUAGUUGGUUAAGGAAAACGUCGCGGUGCUACAGGCCUGCCAGUCGAGGCUCUGGGAUCGCAUCGGGGCAAGGGGGGCUUCACAGGCACAUUGUCGCUCCAGUCAAAGAGAUCUCGAAAAAAGGACCCCAAACACCAACAAAACAAAAGAUCUCUUUGGUGGAACCAACUAUACGCGUCUGUUCAGCUUCCCUUGCCUCCACGUAUGAGGUUAAAAUUAUAAUGUUGCUGUUAAAAGUACUGUUAAAGCACUGUUAAAAGUAAGUUGCUAUAGAAGAAAAGCUCAUGUUUUGUUUCCCAAUUAGCUCCUUUUUUCAUGUACUUGUUAAUUCUUCCGUCAAUUUCGUGCAAACUUUUCGUAUUCCAAUGCACCACAUUCUUUACCUUUUACUUAAAUAAAAAUCACCGAAGGAAGGGUGACGUAAAAUGUGUACAUUAUGUAGAUUUAAUUGAUAAGGGUUCGCCAGUUUUAUUCAAAUUGUUGAUGAAAAGUAUUUAUUUUUUAUUUAGACUAAGUCGAUCACGUUUAUGUGUGGGAUGUGUUUUGCUGCUGCAAUAUUUUUUGAGAAGGAAGUAAAAUAAAGCGACUCAGUUCUCAUCAGA